GAUGUGAACCUUCAAUUCAUAUUAAUAUUAAUAAUUCAACAAUCUCUGGAAAUAUUCAAGGAACUGGGAUCAUUGAAGACACUUCGCGAAAGACCAUAAAACCAGCUUUGAAGCAGAAGAAGUUAUCCAAAAACUGUUUAAGCGAGAAAGAGCCAGUCACAGAUGCUGAAAAUAGUCCGUUUUUUGUCUCCGAGCAUGGAAAGGGUUCGAACACUAAUCAAAACGAGGAGGAUGAGAUGAAAGCUAGUGUGUAUGUGACUAGUGCCCCAAACACCAGACCAAGAAACAAUAAUGAAAAGUCUUCCUCUUCUGAUGUGGAGCCUGAAGAUGAUGAAGAAAUAAAGUUUGACUUUACAGAUAUUGAAGAGGAGUUGCAACAGGAGCCGAUCAAUGAGUGGGAAGUUGGUGCCAUCAAUGUAUCACAAAGAUUUAGACAAUAUCAGAUAGAGGUACUUGGGAAGGCAAAGGCUAGUGGUUUGAAAUAUAAUAACAUUUAUGAAAUCUUAGCCUUAUCAUCAAUAAUGGUGUUCUGCUGGCCCUGCCCAUAUCCUAUGUUUACCAUUCAAGAAUGGGAGGGAAUUAUGGCAACUAAUCCAUACAAGAUUCAAGAAUCCCCACUUUCACAGGAGAUUUUAUCAUCCCUUCAUGAAGCAUAUUGUAACCAUUUUCUUGGUAAUGAUGUCUUCAUAAAUGGUGGUAAUUCAAAAAUAAGUAGAGCAGUCGCAUGUGCUUUUAAUGAUCUGUAUAACAGCAUCCCAGAUGUUGCUCCACCAAAGAUGUCUGAGGAUGAACACUGCUACAUGUUUCUUCAUCCUAUCUCUCGUCCAUUAUUUGCUGGUUCAAGAAAAGAAUAUGAACUAAUACUGAAUUGUGCCAACACAGGUUCAAAAAAAAGACCAGACCUAUCUUGCACAGUAGAUCGUGUACCAAUUCUAAACUCAGAAUUUAAACCUGUUGGUUGCACACCAUUACAACGUAAGAAAGAUGGGCUGAAAGUACAGUUAAAAGCACGAAAAUCGAUAAACCAACAACUACAAAGCAAAGGAGGUCCAGGUGAAGCUGUCAUAUUAUUAAAUAUGGGUGAUUUGAUGCAAUCAUAUUUUAUGAAUUUGAAAUAUGACGGACUAUAUU